AUGGCGAACCCCGGCCUGGGGCUGCUCCUGGCGCUGGGCCUACCUUUGUUGCCUGCCCGCUGGGGCCGAGCCUGGCGGCAAACGCUGGCCUCUCCCGCCAAUGGAAACACCACUAUUUCGCCUUCUGGCUCCAGCUCCGAUGGGGCCCUGUCUCAGGAGGCCGGCACCGCCAUCGCUGUGGUCUUCUCCGUCCUGGGUGCCCUGCUCCCGGCUGCAGGGCCGGCGCUCUUGGUGCGGAAACUUCGUGGGAAGCGGCAGACGGAGGGCACCUACCGGCCCAGCAGCGAGGAGCAGUUCUCCCAUGCAGCUGAGGCCCGGGCCCCCGAAGACUCCAAGGAGCCGGUGUGGGGCUGCCUGCCCAUCUAG